AUGGAAGCUGUUAAGCAAAAUGGCCUUGCACUUCAACAUGUAUGUCAUUAUUUAAGAGACAAAGAAAUUGUAUUGGCAGCUAUUAAACAAAACAUGAGUGCUUUUGAAUUUGCAUCUAUUGAGAUAAAAAAUGAUAGAGAACUUGUAAUGGAACUAGUUAAGAAAUGUGGAUGGAUGUUUGAAUAUGCCUCAAAACAACUAAGAGGUGACAGAGAAAUUGUAACAGAAGCUAUUAACCGACAUGCUGACAUUGUUUAUAAACAUGUAUCAAAGGAAUUAAGAAAUGACAGACAGUUGGCAAUGAUAGCAAUUAAAAACCAUGCAUGUUUACUUGCAUACGCAUCAGAGGAAAUUAGAAAUGACAAGGAAAUUGUAAUGGAAGCUAUUAAGGGUAAAAGAGAAACGCUCAAAAUGGCAUCUAAUUAA